UGUGAAAAUGAGCUACUGCUCCUGUCUGGCCGGGAAGAUACACUGCGAGACGAGUGGUGCCGUCGAGUCAUUUCGCUCCAAUCCGACAGGUGGCAGCUCAGCUGCAGGUAAGCCGAGCACCGUAAUAACAAAGUAGAAGAAGACGAUUGAGAGCUUCUGGCAGCUUCUCGAAAAUGUCUGAGUACGCUGCGGCCCAGAAGAGUACCCUGAAAUUAAAAGGUGUGGGAGCCAUUUCAGCAGGAAAAAAGAAAAAGAAGAAGGAUAAAGAGAGUAAGCAUCGCUUGGAGCAGGUCGCGACCAGUCAAAACGAUGAGGAGGAAAAAACCAAAGCAUAUGUUGACAAAAGGACACCUGCUCAAAUUGCCUUUGACAAAAUGCAAGAGAAGAGGCAAAUGGAGAGGAUUUUGAACAAAGCAUCAAAGACACACAAACUUAGAGUCGAGGAUUUCAAUCGCCACCUGGACACCCUGACCGAGCAUUAUGAUAUUCCGAAGGUCAGCUGGACCAAAUAGAAGAGGAGUAAAUGCUAUUUUUUUUUUUUUUUUUCACCACUUCAUGUUCAGUAGUCUUGCACAUCACAUUUGUUUGCUUGUUUUAACAUUCCCUCUAUUGGCCUUCAAUCAUUAUGUUUUAAAUCUUGGUUGGACAAUAAAGGACUUAGUUAACUUGUA